AUGUGGGCACAGACAGAAGAGGCCAGGCAGCUGUUCGAGCAACUUCGCGCCCAGCAAUGUCGUGUCACCUCAUUCAGAAAGCAGGCCGAGGCACCUAAACCUGAGAGGCGGAGCCUGGGGGCGUCUUUUAUAAAUCUUUUUAUCAGCAGCCCAAUGGGUCUGGGUAUUCGCACCGGAAUGGAGCCCCGCGACUCUCGUUUCCAAAGCCAGUUCCGAAUGAAGCUUUUGGAAGACUAUGAAGUAGUUAAAAAUGGUAAAAUCUGGUGUCCGAUUAUGCAGGACUGGUUCCCCCCAUCGACCAUGACUGCUGCCCACCUCUUUUCUUAUAAACAUGGGCAGGCAUCCAUGGAUGCCAUCUUUGGGCAAAUCCGCCCAGCCGAGCUGUUUUCCUCAAGGAAUGGGUUGAUGAUUUGCUCUGCCGUCGAGGAGUAUUUCGAUGCUGGGGUAAUUACCAUUGUCCCGGAUCUCCCCGAAAGGCCGACAAUGGCGAUGCUGUCUUACUGGCUAGGCCAGGAAACCCGCGACUUCAAGAUCCGGGUCAUCGAUAGUUCGUGGAGCUGCCUGGACAUGAAGAUUAUACAAGAGAGCAGUCCGACUAAAUGGCGCGACCUUGACAAUCGACGUCUUUACUUCAGAGGAAGGUAUCACCCGGCGGCCCGGUACCUCUAUUUCCAUUACUGCCUUCAAGUUCUCCGGCGCGCAUGGCGGGUUGGUCCGGGCCAACGGGCCGCCUUUGAGCUGUACGAUGAGUUGGGGAAGCCCCUCUGGGGGACCCCAGGCCGUUAUAUGGCCAGAAAUAUGCUGCGCGCGUUCGUGGAGGAAUUGGGGCAUGAGUAUGAGCCCCUGAUGCAGGGGGGGACCCUGCUCGACCGAGGAGACUCAAGGCUACUCCUCGAAACAGCCGCCGCCCAAAUCGGCCUAGGAAAGGAGGAAGAAAGCGAGAGCGAAGAAGAGGAAGAGGACGAUAUCUUGUGA